AUGGCAAAGGCUAUUAGAGAAAGAGAUAGCAAAGCUAUUCUCUAUAAUUAUCUGAAUCAGCUGUUGGCUCAAGAAACGAGAAAAGGUUUCCAGUUACCCUCACUAAAAUCAGUCACUGUGAGUGCUAAUACUGACUUGGAGGAGCUCACUUUGAAACAACCAUGGCUUGAAAAACAAUCUUUAGUAGUAAAAACAGAUCAGUUGAUCAAAAGACGAGGAAAACUAGGUUUGAUUGGGGUUAAUAAAUCUCUUGAAAGUGUACGAGAUUGGCUGGGAGAUUACAUGGGCAAAGAGAUCCAGAUUGGUUCAGCUGUUGGCAAAUUAAAUACAUUCAUUAUAGAACCUUAUUUGAUGCAUGAUCUAAAAGAGGAAUUCUAUACUUGUAUCUAUGCCACAAGACAAGGAAAUACUGUGUUAUUUCAUCCUGAGGGAGGAGUUGAAGUUGGUGAUAUUGACACUGAAGCAUAUAGUGUUAAUGUUGACAUUGAGUCUACUCUUACUAUUGAACAAGCUAAAGAAAUAGUAGCAACUGCUCCAGAGAACACUCAACAAGUACUGGCGGAGUUCUUGGUACUACUCUAUAAAGCAUAUAAUGAUCUUUACUUCACUUAUCUAGAAAUUAACCCACUUGUUGUCAAGGGUGAUCAAAUCUACAUGUUGGACUUAGCAGCAAAGCUGGACUCAACAGCUGAAUUAUUUGUAAAAAAAUUAUGGGAAGAUGUCAAUUUUCCACCACCUUUUGGAAGAGAUGCUUUCCCUGAGGAAGCAUAUGCUGAUCUUGAUGCUAAAAGUGGUGCCUCAUUAAAAUUAACCAUCCUUAAUCCUAAGGGACGCAUAUGGACUAUGGUUGCUGGAGGUGGAGCAGUUAUAUACAGUGAUACAAUCUGUGACAUGGGUGGAGCUAAAGAAUUAGCUAAUUAUGGAGAAUAUUCAGGAGCCCCAAACGAGUCUCAGACAUUUGAAUAUGCUAAAACUAUCCUUGGACUAAUGACCAAGGGGUCUGUAUUUCAAGAUGGUAAAAUACUCAUUAUAGGAGGUGGAAUUGCUAACUUCACUAAUGUUGCUGCUACAUUUAAAGGCAUUGUCAAAGCAUUGACUGAAUACAGGCAUAAACUCUUGGAACACAAAGUUACCAUUGUCCGUCGAGGAGGUCCCAAUUUUCAAGAGGGUCUUCGAGUGAUGAGAGAAGUGGGAUCUAAACUUGGCCUUCCAAUUCAUGUUUUUGGUCCAGAGACUCAUAUGACAGCCAUUGUUGGCAUGGCCCUUGGAAAGAGAGCAAUACCAAAGGAACAUCUAAACUAGGCAGCAGCAUUUCAAGUUCCUUUAACUCCUGCUACAUCAGGCAAUUCUCUAUCGGAGAUGGUAGUUGAUAAAGAUACUCCUCAACUCUCCCAAUCUAUCAUUAUUAACCAAUGGACUGAAGAGAAGGAGGAAUCCAUCGCUGUUCCUCUUGAAUUGUUCACUAAGAAUAGUGUUGCUAUUGUUUGGGGGAUGCAGCCUAGAGCAGUUCAAGGAAUGUUAGAUUUUGAUCUGUUGUGUUCAAGAGAGAAACCCUCUGUUGCUGCAAUGGUCUAUCCAUUCAGUGGUAACCAUAAACAAAGGUUUUAUUGGGGUAGUAAAGAAUUCCUUUUACCAGUUUACAAAGAUCUUACUGAAGCAGUUAAAAAACAUCCAGAAGCUGAUGUUUUAGUAAACUUUGCCUCUCUACGUUCUGCCUAUGAAGCUACUAUGGAGACAUUGACUCACUCACAAUUUCGUUCUAUAGCCAUUAUUGCUGAAGGGAUUCCUGAAAAUUUGACAAAGAAACUUAUCAAGAAGGCAAAGGAGAAAAACGUUGUCAUUAUUGGUCCUGCCACAGUGGGUGGGAUUAAACCAGGAUGUUUUAAGAUUGGUAACACAGGUGGUAUGAUGGACAAUAUUAUUUCGUCUAAAUUAUAUCGACCUGGAAGUGUAGCCUAUGUGUCUCGAUCUGGUGGAAUGUCAAAUGAACUUAAUAAUAUCAUAUCUCGCAUGACUAAUGGAGUCUAUGAGGGUGUGGCUAUUGGUGGUGAUCGUUAUCCAGGCUCUACUUUUAUCGAUCACAUUUUUCGUUACCAUGACAAUCCUGAUGUUAAAAUGAUUAUUGUCCUUGGAGAGGUUGGUGGUGUUGAAGAAUACGAGAUUUGUAAAAAUCUAAAUUCUGGUCGCCUUUUUAAACCCAUUAUUGCUUGGUGCAUUGGUACGUGUGCCAAAAUGUUUUCAUCUGAGGUUCAGUUUGGACAUGCUGGAGCAUGUGCCAGUGGUGAAGAGGAAACAGCUGAUGCUAAAAAUAAAGCAUUAAGAGAAGCAGGUGCUUUUGUUCCAGACAAUUUUGAUACAUUAGGCACAAUCAUUGGUGAGGUAUACGAACAAUUAGUAGCAGCUGGUCUUAUUGUUCCACGACCUGAAAUUGAACCGCCCACUCUUCCCAUGGAUUAUUCCUGGGCUCAGGAAUUGGGUUUAAUUCGAAAGCCAUCAUCAUUUCUCUCUAGUAUAUGUGAUGAGAGAGGAGAAGAGCUGUUAUAUGCUGGUAUGCCAAUAUCUGAUGUCUUUAAAGAGGACAUUGGGAUAGGAGGUGUCUUAAGUUUAUUGUGGUUUCAAAGGAGGUUGCCCGAAUAUGCAUGCAAAUUUUUGGAGAUUUGUCUCAUGGUAACAGCAGAUCAUGGUCCAGCUGUAUCAGGUGCUCAUAAUACUAUAGUAACAGCUCGUGCUGGUAAAGAUUUAGUGUCCUCUUUAAUCGGUCUAUUGACAAUAGGAGAAAGAUUUGGUGGUGCAUUAGAUGGUGCUGCUAGCCAGUUUUCUCAGGCAUAUGAUUCUGGUAUGACACCAAUGGAGUUUGUUAAUGAGACUCGUAAACAACACAAGUUGAUAUUAGGUAUUGGACAUCGAGUCAAAUCAAUCAACAAUCCUGAUAUGAGAGUGGCCAUUAUAAGGGACUACGUCAAAUCUCACUUCCCGGCAACUCAAGUUCUUGAUUAUGCUUUAGAAGUUGAGAAGAUAACAACAUCAAAGAAACCUAACCUCAUUCUCAAUGUUGAUGGUGUCAUAGCAACAUCAUUUGUAGAUCUGCUCAGACAUAGUGGUGCCUUCACUAGAGAGGAUGCUCAAGAAUAUCUUGAAAUAGGUGCAUUAAAUGGUCUCUUUGUUUUGGGACGAACAAUGGGAUUUAUUGGUCACUAUCUUGAUCAACGAAGACUUAAACAAGGUCUCUACCGUCAUCCUUGGGAUGAUAUAUCCUACCUGACUCCUGAAAUAUCAAUUGAUUUAGCCUCAUAA